AUGCCUGCCUCCAAGAAUGCGCCUGCGCGCUCCUCGCAGCGCAGGAAUUCGCAGCAAGAUGACACGCCUACCCGCACCCGUGGUCGAGGAGCAAAACCAGCCCCAUCAAAAACAGAUGCGUCCGAGGCCGUCGCACCAAACAGCAGUCCUACUAAACUGAGUCCCACCGUCACCAGGAAGACGACACGUUCGGCCUCCAACAUCUCUGGCAAUUCCUUCGAGGCGGCGUCCGAGAUUUAUGCCUCGUACGAACAUCCCCUGUUCAUGGUCUUUGGUUUGUCACCCGAGUUUUUCAACCGCCUCAAGAAGCACCACGGCAAACUGCCCAAGGAGCGCAAGCCCGCCGCCGGCUCCUAUUCAGAGGGUUCGCCCAGUCCCGAGGAUGACGCCACCGAAUCUGAGGACGAGACCGCCUCAGAAACCGACGACGACAUUGCUGUGGCGCCCCAGCCAGCGCCAAGAGGCCGCGGUCGCGGUGGUCGAGGCUCACGCGGCGGACGCGGCGGCCGCGGCGGUCGUGGACGAGGCAGAGGCGGCCGAGCCCGAGGCGGCAUGGCAAAGGCUGCUUCGUCUGCUUCUUCGAGAGCUGCUCGCAAUGGUACUGCUGGCUUCUCUUUCACAGACGGCGAUGAUCCACUGUCCAACCAGAGUACGCCGAUCAGCACCGCCAAGACGCGAACUCGCAUGGGCGGUAGCGUGACUGACUACUCAGACGAAGACAACGAAGAAGCAAUCGACGACGACGAAAGUGAGGCUGACUACGAUGGUAUGGACCUCGCGCACAAAUCUUCGCGCACGCCGCAAGGCUCCCAGCCGCCCGAGCUGGAUGAUUCCAACGCAGCAGGCUCGUAUACAUCGGCGCCGCCGCCUGAUUCCAAGUCUGAGUCGGCGUCAAAAACAUCAAACAGGCUGGCCGUCCCCAAGAUCUCCUUGCUGCCACAGUCAGCAUCGCAAACUCCCAGAGAAUCCGUGUCAACGCCGGCUGAGUCGGCCGUCCCGAAACUACUGGAGCCUGAAGAGGAUGUUCUCUCCGACUCUGACCUCCCGGAUCCCUUCAUCUACGAUGCGCCUUCGCCAGUCGAGGCCGAAUGCGAGGACAGGGCCGACUACCUUUUGCAGAAGCGCUUUAAGCCAAUGGCGGAUGUACAGGCGGCUAUUGCUGCUCUGACCAAGUUCCCUGCGGCACAAAGAAGCACGGAGAAUCUUUAUGCGUUGACUGAAAACGCGCAACACAUCCUCAAAGCGUGGCAGGAUGAGUACCUCAUGUUGGAUGCAAGGACCGCGCCCCACAUGCACCCAGCCAAGAAAGCUUGCAAUGGUGGGCGAAUUCCUUUGGCGCCAGAGGUCUUUGAAGACAUGAAGGAGGCAGAUCUAUACGGCUACGUGUAUGAUCCGAAAAAGCCAUCAGGUUGCCAGGAUCCUUGGGCCCAGCGGCCCGGCGCAGAAAAGGGUGGUCGCAGAGAGCUCCGUACGCGCCGAACGCGCGAUAUGCUAGAGUCAGCGGCUCCAAGUGAAGAAGAAAACGAGGAAGAAAACGAAGGCCGUCCGUCCAAGCGACAGCGAAAGGCUCCCCGCAAGUUUGACGGCACCGACGCUGGCACGGGAACCAGCACCCCCAAGAAGCACAAUGGCUGGGGCGGUGCCCGCAAGAAGGGAGUUAGCAGAUUUGCAAAACCAGCUUCAGAGACUCCGGAGCCAGAAGCAAGGCCUCCAAAGCGUGCUCGGGUAACAGCCAGCAAUCUACUCCACCAACGCAUACAAGAAAUGCGAGAAGAAUCCAUCAUCGGAAGUUCUGGCGACGAGGAGUCAUCAGCCAUGGAUGUCGAUGAGUAUACUGAAGUAAACCCCAAGCGUGGGCGUCCGGCUGGCAGCAAGAACUCUGCCCGGCGCAGCGACUACGGAGUGAAGAAAGGCCCACGCAAGAAGCCAGCUGAUGCGGGCGCAUCCACACCAUCGGCGCAUGGCCCUAAUACACCUGCACCAGCACCAGCACCGACACCAGCACCGCCUCCGGCACUGAACUCGAUGAGUGAAGGUCAAGGUCAGUUUACUAUCGAUACCCAGCCUUUUGCAGAAAGUACACCCUUGAUGGCACCGAACUCUGCUGAGACGGUUUUCCAAGGCACGCCACAGAAUUCUGCACCGCCUCAAGAGGUGCCGCUGGUACAUCCAAGUGAGUCCAGUACGCCAGACGCGUACAUGCUCACUGCGCCACUCAGUCAGUAUACCAAUAACUACGUUGACGAGUCGGCACCCGCCUCGGGAUCAAGACGGAAGCCGCGUGUCAAGAGCGAGAAGCGAAGCCAGUCAAUGACGAUGUGGUGGGCCGAACGCAAAGCCAAAAAACGAGAGCAGGAUGAGAAGGAAGGCAAGCCAGCGAAGCCGACACCGUCAAGAUCGAAUUCUGCAAAUCGAAAAGGCGCAAGGCAGUCUGUAGGAUCAACCGCUGGUGCUACACCACAACCGCAACAACCGGAGUCACAGCAAGCAUCGCCAAUUCACCAUGCACAGCACGCUGGCCCGCAGCACAGUCCUCACCAUGCGCCUCCCGAAGCAUAUCUUCAUUAUACACCUGGCCCACCUGGCCCACCGCAGCACUACAUGUAUGUCUCUGCUCCAGGACCGCCACAUCACAUGAUGAUGCCCUAUUCGCCGCUUGCUGCGAUCCCGACUGGCUCUUUCCCUAGCCCGUUUUCGCACCAUACACCGCACCAUCAACAAGGCAUCCCUCUUGCCCCGCCUACUAGUUCUGCAGGUGGCCAGUUUGGCGGCGGACCACGUCAACUCGCCCCAGCACCCACGAACAUGCCCACCUAUCCCAGCCCAUACGGGCCGCAGAGUCCGGCAGGGGGGAGACCGAAGAGCCGUGGACAGUCAUUACCGAAGACCACCGCAAGUGGACAGCAGGCGCUGGCGCCGGCGCCGCCUCAUCAACAAGGACAGCAUCAGCAACCUCAACCGAACCAACAGAUCUUCACUCCUUAUGUACCCGUCAGUAUGGCCGGUGGCAUAGGACGUGAGAUGCCCUUCAAGAUCAUGGUGCCCGGGCCGACACCAGAAAGGAGGGAAAGUCGUUAGGUACGGCUGUGCGCUAGAGGUAAAGGGAACAUGGGGGCACAUGAAAGCGAGGAUGAAACUUGGAUGCUUGUAUAGAGAUCUAUUCUCCGUGUUUAAUUCU